AUGUCAGAGAAGGACCAGAAAUGCCUAGAGCACUUGCGCCUUACCGAUCCUCGUGAUGAUAAAGUCCGCAUCGAACAGACCAAAGGCGGCCUUUUACAAGACUCGUAUCGAUGGGUCCUCGAUAACGCUGACUUUCAACAGUGGCGUGACCACCUACAGCACCGACUGCUCUGGAUCAAGGGCGACCCCGGCAAAGGAAAGACUAUGUUGCUGUGCGGCAUUAUCAAUGAGCUGGAUCAAGGCAACGCGCGCCACUGCAAUGUGGCCUACUUCUUCUGCCAAGCUACCGACUCUCGCAUCAACAAUGCAACCGCCAUACUACGCGGUCUGAUCUACCUGCUUAUAGAGCAGCAGCCAUCUGUUCUCUCACACGUCCGGAAGGAGUAUGACCGUGCAGGCGAGAAUCUCUUCAAAGAUGCAAAUACGUGGAUCGCCCUAUCGAGAAUCUUCACCAACAUCCUACGAGACCCAAGCCUCCGAACGACCUACCUAGUCAUUGACGCGCUUGACGAGUGCGUUACAACAGACCUGCCACAGCUUCUCGACUUCAUUGCUCAGCAAUCAUCGUCUGGAUCUCGAGUCAAGUGGAUCGUCUCAAGUCGUAAUUGGCCGCAAAUUGAGGAACGGUUGAAGAAAGCCGCAGAUAAAGUGAAGGUCUCCCUGGAGCUAAAUGCGGAAUCCGUCGCAGCGGCUGUCAAUGCGUUUAUUCUGCAGAAGGUGGAUUACCUAAAAGAGCUGAAGGAGUACGACCCAAUUACGAAAAAGACCGUUCAGGACUACCUAUGCUCUAACGCGCAAGAUACCUUCCUUUGGGUGGCGUUGGUCUGCCAAGCGCUUGAAAAAGUCCAGAAAGCGUUUGCCGUAGAAAAGCUACGCAUGUUUCCAUCUGGACUGGAUGCUCUAUAUGCGCGGAUGAGAGAGGAUAUGAGCCAGUUCGAUGAAUCCGAUUACUGCAAGCAUAUUCUUGCUGUUGUCGCAAUUGUUCGCCGGCCAAUUAGCCUUCAAGAACUAGCCUCUCUCGCCGAGUUGCCCAAUACUAUUUGCAACAAUCUUGAAUUUCUAAAAGAUAUUAUAGGGCUUUGCGGUUCAUUUCUAACUUUACGAGAACAAACCAUCUAUUUUGCUUUUGACUGGAUCUUCCCUAAAGGGAAAGAAGAUGUGCACUAUAUUAUCUUCCUGAGGUUACUUGAUGCCAUGUCUACAACACUGCGACGCGACAUAUACGGCUUAAGGGCACCGGGAUUUCCGAACGAUAAGGUCCAAGUACCGAAUCCGGACCCGCUAGCGACGGUGCGGUACUCGUGCGUCUACUGGGUUGAUCACUUGCGUGACUCUGUUUCUGGCACGAACACAAAACGGCACGAUCCGUUACAGGAUAACGUUGUCUAUACAUUCCUCAAGACGAAGUACCUUUACUGGCUCGAAGCUCUAAAUCUACUCCAAGCUAUGCCUGCCGGUGUUGUUGCUAUUAGAAAGCUCGAGGGCCUACUAUUAUCAAAGCUUGUUUGGGAUGCUUACCGGUUUACUCUAUCUUAUAAGUCAAUAAUAGAGCAAGCUCCACUUCAAGUAUAUAUAUCAGCGCUUAUAUUUGCUCCAAGCGGUAGCUUGAUAAAGAAGAAUUUCAGGGCAGAAGAACCUGAAUGGAUUCGAACUAAGCCGGCUGUAGAAUUGGAUUGGAAUGCAUGCCUCCAGACCCUAGAAGGCCAUAGCGACUCCGUUCACUCAGUGGCGUUCUCGCCUGAUGGCCAGCGGCUUGCGUCCGGCCAUAGCGACUCCAUUUUCUCAGUGGCAUUCUCGCCUGAUGGCCAGCGGGUUGCGUCCGGUUCGGACGAUAAGACGGUCAAGAUCUGGGAUCCGGCAUCGGGGAGCUGCCUCCAGACCCUCAAAGGCCAUAGCGACUCCAUUUUCUCAAUGGCAUUCUCGCCUGAUGGCCAGCGGGUUGCGUCCGGUUCGGAGGAUAAGACGGUCAAGAUCUGGGAUCCGGCGUCGGGGAGCUGCCUCCAGACCCUGAAAGGGCAUAGCAUGGCCGUUGACUCAGUGGCAUUCUCGCCUGAUGGCCAGCGGGUUGCGUCCGGUUCGUACGACAACAAGGUCAAGAUCUGGGAUCCGGCGUCGGGGAGCUGCCUCCAGACCCUAAAAGGCCAUAGCCGCUCCGUUCGCUCAGUGGCAUUCUCGCCUGAUGGCCAGCGGCUUGCGUCCGGUUCGUUAGACAAGACGGUCAAGAUCUGGGAUCCGGCGUCGGGGAGCUGCCUCCAGACCCUCAAAGGCCAUAGCGACUGGGUUCGCUCAGUGGCAUUCUCGCCUGAUGGCCAGCGGGUUGCGUCCGGUUCGGACGAUAAGACGGUCAAGAUCUGGGAUCCGGCAUCGGGGAGCUGCCUCCAGACCCUAGAAGGCCAUAGCGACUCCAUUUUCUCAGUGGCAUUCUCGCCUGAUGGCCAGCGGGUUGCGUCCGGUUCGGAGGAUAAGACGGUCAAGAUCUGGGAUCCGGCAUCGGGGAGCUGCCUCCAGACCCUAGAAGGCCAUAGCGACUCCAUUUUCUCAGUGGCAUUCUCGCCUGAUGGCCAGCGGGUUGCGUCCGGUUCGGACGAUAAGACGGUCAAGAUCUGGGAUCCGGCAUCGGGGAGCUGCCUCCAGACCCUAGAAGGCCAUAGCGACUCCAUUUUCUCAGUGGCAUUCUCGCCUGAUGGCCAGCGGGUUGCGUCCGGUUCGGAGGAUAAGACGGUCAAGAUCUGGGAUCCGGCAUCGGGGAGCUGCCUCCAGACCCUGAAAGGCCAUAGCAUGGCCGUUGACUCAGUGGCAUUCUCGCCUGAUGGCCAGCGGCUUGCGUCCGGUUCGUACGACAACAAGGUCAAGAUCUGGGAUCCGGCGUCGGGGAGCUGCCUCCAGACCCUAAAAGGCCAUAGCCGCUCCGUUCGCUCAGUGGCAUUCUCGCCUGAUGGCCAGCGGCUUGCGUCCGGUUCGGAGGAUAAGACGGUCAAGAUCUGGGAUCCGGCGUCGGGAAACUACCUCCAAACGAUUAAUACUAGUACUAUGACGACCGAUAUCUCGUUUGACCCUACUAAUCACUACCUACGUACCAACGUUGGACGUAUUAAAAUAGAUACGGAAACUACCGAAAGCCAAGUUGUACUAGAUAAUCCAGAGAGCUAUAGCUAUGGCUUGGGACAGGAUUGGUCUUGGAUUACUUGCAACGGCCAAAACGUACUCUGGCUGCCACCGAAUUACCGACCGUCUAGUUGUGACCUCCAGGGACGCAUGAUAUCCAUCGGCAGUAUAUCGGGACUGGUUUAG